CGAAGUGCAAAUUUGAAACCUCAUAAUGAUCGGUACAUACUGUUCCCUAGAAAGUGUGCAAUUAACCUUCGUUAGGUACGUUACUUGAGGCUAACCACCCUCCGAUCCGAACCAAAUCGAUCAACAUCUGGUCCGUCGUUGCUUCUUUUUUUGAAUGUGCACGGUCCCUCUGUCAUAUUUCGCACACCACUUGCACUCUCACCUUACCAACCACAGCCAAGAGUACCUGUAGUAUCAAACUUUCAGAUUCGCGAGCAUCACGUCUGACAGCAGCCUUCCACGCCUCGCACUCUAGACAAUCAAUUCGCUUUAGCUACUCCAUUUUUCUCAGAGAAUCAUACAUCACUAGCGCGCCAAAGGAGAAAACGAAAAAAGCAAAUCUCAUGACAUGAAGACAACCUCAACCACAACCGCCGCAACAGCAGCGCAAACAACACCCAGCGAAGAAACAACCCCAAUCGCAACACUCGUCCCCGUCCUCGCCAUCCUCGACAGCUUCAACCACCGCAACAAGAACCAGCACCGCGUAGCCCGCUGGUGGGCCGCCUUUGACCUCCUCCGCCGCGCCGUCCGCCGCCUGCACGACGCCCUCGAGGCACAGGCCCGUCACCGCCGCGCCCUCAGCUUCAAGUCAAAGUCCUCUUCGUCCUCCUCGAAAAAGUCUGCCACAGCUGCUGGGGGCAACCCCACCAGCAGCGCUGAACGUCGUCAGAAUGCGCUAGACGAAGAUGUCGCUGCUAGGGUGCAGAUGCUGCUAGAAUCCACCAUUCCCUCGUCCUUCUCAGCCUUCACACAACUAGCAGCAGACAAGCAACACGCCGCCCUAGGCCUGGUCCUCCUAGGUCUCCUAGCACGCAUCAACUCAGCCGUCACUCUCCUGGCUCCUACUCCUGCUCCUGCUCCUCGGGAAAAGGCCACACCAGCAGGCAAUGUCACUACUACCUCUUCAUCAUCUUCAGCAACCCAAAGUGCUGCUGCAGCCGCCGUGGCAGAUGAGAGGCAUCACCAGCAGCAGCCACGGCAACAAUCCGAUUCAAAGGGUCUCGGAGUGGCCAUCUCUCGGGACCAACUCAAGCUUGCUGCGAAACCUUCAGAUCAGCACCCAUCAUCAUCACGGAAUAUCGAUGAAGCAUCACCCGCCAUCCCUCAAAAGAAGCGAAAGUUGGCGAAUGUGCCUCCUCUGGAGACUAAAUCUAGCAAGCCAGCAAAGGAGCAAAAGCCAGUAAAGAAGAAGAAAAAGGUAAAAAAGACGGAUGACUUUUCCGAUUUAUUCAGUUCCCUCAUAUAG